CUGUUGCUACACCAACUAAUGGCGUCCAACACUGUACAAGGGGUGAUGACAGUUCGACGAGAGUACGAGAACAUUUGUCGUGAUUUUUCGAUCUGAUUUGAUGCAUUAUGUGAUGGAUUGCUGGUGCUGCACGUAAGGUGACAACAUGCAACCAAAAGUCAAGCCGUUGUGUAGGGUUUGAGAAUGGAAUUUGAAGCAUUUUCUAGUUCUGGAAAUUUUGAACUGCAACCAUGUACUACAUGUGGGAGAAAGUUCAACCCAGACACCUUGGUCAAACACGAGAACAUCUGCAGGAAGACGCAAUUGAAGAGCAGACAGAGGAAAGUGUUCAAUUCGGCCAAGCAGCGUAUCGCAGACACAGGGGUGUCACUCAAGAAUUUAAAGACACAACCGGGUGAAGUACAGCCUCAGCCAAUCAAAGACACACAUUGGAGAGAGCGCCACCUGGAAUUUGUCAACGCGAUUCGCUCAGCAAGGGGGGCACAGAAAGCGAUUCGAACGGGCGGUCCGCUGCCGCCACCACCCCCACCGUCACAGAACCCAAAUUACAUAGGAUGUCCGCACUGUUCCCGUCGCUUCAACCCCACGGCUGCCGAGAGGCACAUACCCUUCUGUGCCCAGAGGACCAAGACCCACGGGACACCCAUCAAACCACUCCACAAGAGAGCAGCGGCCGAUGUCAGCUACAGCUCUACGGGAGUUAGAAAAGCUUACGAUAAUCAAGUCGUCCGUAGGAAAAGCAGUGCCAACCCCUACGCCUAUGCUCAGCCGACAAAUGACUUCUCUAACAUGUCUGUCUACUCGGCUGCUUAUGGGGGAAGGGGACCUGAAACUUCUUACAGACAAGAAUUUAGAAGCACACAAGCAAAUGCAGCUCCCAAGUAUUCAGGAUACACUUCGCAUCAGCCCCCAAGCCCACCGAAAACAACUCAAGUCAACAACCAACGAAGUACGGCCCGAUCCGCGCUGUCUUCGGGACGCAACAGAACCGCUCGUCCAAAGUCCUCAGUCCGUUUUUCAGACAAAGUGGACGUGGAGACUUUUCAAACAAACGGCGGUGACACCAUACCCUCCCCACGCCCGCCCUCCCACCCCCCGCCUGCCUACCCAGGAACCAACGGCUCCUCAGGCUACCAUGGCAACCAAGGUAGCUACCGGACAACCAAGGCUAGCGAGAUGAGGUUACAACGUGCACAGACUGCUGGGAACGUGGGUCAAGGGUCAUCGCCUCGGCAACAACCCAUGGAGGUCGGGGGAAGUGGGAGGCCCAUGAAUUCAACGUUUACCUGGAGGGACAAGAAUUCACCAAGUUUUGAGACAAUGACCAAACUUGACUCGCCCGGAGGCAUGAAACCUGGUGGCUACACAUCUUUACAGAACGGUAACUUCAGCCCACCUAGCCCCUCAGGAUCCUCCCCGCGGGAGUUCACAAGAGGCCGGUCUUCCCUCAGCAACUCGCCCCAGUCCUACACCCCACCGCUGAGGGGCGGUAGCCACACCCCGUCCCCCUUGACCUCCCCCAUUGACUGCACCACGCCCACUUCCCCAGGGCAUGCGAGUAUCUCACCCAGACACGGGGCAAAACUGGAGGCAGUGAACGGCGGGGUGCCUGCGCCGUUCUGCUUCCAGUGCGGGACGCAGUACCCGGUCCAGGAGGCGCGUUUCUGUUGCGGCUGUGGAACCAGAAGGGCUUUCCUUACGCCAAACUCACUGAGCUGAUCUAAUGCCAGGGGGACCUUUACAGAGGGAUGCAGGUGCUGUUCUGCAUCAAAUGUCAGACACAGUACCUAGUCCAGGAUGCAGGUGUGGAAUAAGAAGGGUAUUCCUAACUCCCAAAACGCUGAGCUGAUCUAAUGCCGGGGGAAUAGACAGAGCCAUUAAGCCCCUCCCCAUGGUGAUCUGACCAAUCACAGCCGUGAUUCGUGUCUGACACGCCUGCAUAAAAGUGUGACGUUCAUGCACAUGUGUACGAUGCUCGUUGCUGGAAAUGCAGUUUGGCAUUUGAAAGUAGCAUGUGUUUAAUAGCCAACAUGGGCAAGGGGCCUAGUGGAUCGAUCUAACAUGCCUAUAAACGAGCUCUCAUCUCCCAGUAUCGGACAUAGUUUGCUUCUCAUUUGGUUUUUCACAAUUUUUUUAUCUUUUCAUGCUUAGGCCAACAACAAAAAAGUCUCCGGUUUCUGGUC